ACUAGGCAAAACGGACCCGAUUCGGAUGCGAUUGCCCGACACCUUAUCCUCUGAAACGAAAAAACUGUACUCAAAUACUCCUUCUUUUUCUUUUCUUCUUCUUCUUCUUCUCCUUGUCCGUGUUAGAGUUGGAUAGAUAAGGUGGAUAUGCCAGCCAUGGCGGUCCACUUCCAGGCAAACUUAAAUGCAACUUUCAAGCCCUCAACAUGGCCUCCCCAAACCCACUUUCAUAAUCUUAAGUCCAUUCAAACCUCCGCCUCUCCCAAGCCCAGAACCUUCUUCCCCAGCUUAAACCUUCGCUCAUACUCCGACUUCAACCUCACUCACUCCUCCCCUAAGUUCCAGCUAACAGCUUCCGCUGUUGCUGCUGAUCCUGCCGUAUCUGAGGAGGCCCCUGUUGAUGAAUCCGCCACAACGGAAACUUCUCCCGAGGAAGAGAAGCUUGGAGUGGUAGUGAAGGCACUUGAGAAGCCAAGGCUUGUAUUGAAGUUCAUUUGGAUGGAGAAAAAUAUAGGAAUUGCGCUUGAUCAAACAAUACCCGGCCAUGGAACCAUCCCUCUUAGUCCUUACUACUUUUGGCCCAGAAAAGAUGCUUGGGAAGAGCUCAAGGUUCUACUAGAGAGUAAGCCUUGGAUAUCUCAAAAGCAGAUGAUCAUUCUUCUCAAUCAGGCUACUGAUAUCAUCAACUUGUGGCAGCAAAGUGGGGGCAAUCUGUCUUAGAAUUCUAAAUGUAGAAAUUUUUUUGUUAUUUUUCUGCUCUUGCUUCUAUCUAUAACUAAUCAAAUCUGUUUUGCUUUGUUUGGUUCUGAAGAUAGUACUUAUUUGAUGAUGUGGGUGUUCUUGAUUAUGAAAUUUGUUUUCAUGUAUGUAUCAAACUUUGGUGGUUAUCAACACAUCUGAAUUCAUUUUGCUCUGUAA